CCCCACUCCGGAGACGGUCACCAUGAUCUGGUCUCUCAUCGUGUCGCUGCACGCCAUUGGUGGCCUCUGCGGCGCCGUCAGUGUCAAGUUCAUUGCGGGAAUAAUGGGAGGGAAGAAGGGAGUGAUAUGCAGCAGCUGUGUUUCCAUCGCUGCAGCUGUGAUCAUGCUGAUGAGUAAAACCGCCAACUCCUUUGAAAUGAUCAUCGUGGCACGGAUCCUGUUCGGCUAUGCUUCAGGGCUGGGAGGAAGCUUACACAUGAUGUACCUCGGAGAGAUUUCACCCAAAAAGAUCAGGGGUCAAAUAACGCUGACCUCAGCAAACUUCGUGUCACUUGGCAAACUGUCCGGACAGUUUUUUGGAUUGAGCGAGAUCCUGGGCCGUGAGGACAUGUGGAACGUUGUCCUCUCGCUCCCUGCAGUCUUCUCAGUGGUUCAAGUCGUGGUGUUUCCCUUUCUUCCUGAAUCUCCCAGACAUUUAUUCAUCGAGAAAGGAGAUGAGGUUGCGUGUAAGAAAGCUCUGCAGAGUCUCUGGGGUCCAGGUGAAUACAAGCAGGAAAUGGAUGAGAUGUUGGUUGAGCAGGCGGCCAUUGAAGCAGCUCCACCCAAAAGCCCCCUACAGCUGCUGAGGGACAGGACGGUGUGGUGGCAGCUCCUCACCAUGGUGCUCAUCUACUGGUUCAACCAGCUGUCGGGCAUGUCUGCGAUCAGUGUCUUCUCUUUUGACAUCUUUAUGGAGUCAGGCAUACCUGAACACGCCAUUCGAUACGUCACUCUGAGCCUUGGAGUGUGUGAAAUCAUCACUUCUAUGUCUUCUAGUCUUGUCAUUGACCGUCUUGGGAGGCGGCCAUUGUUCUGGGGGGGCUAUGGCGCCAUGUCUUUGAUCUGGAUAUUAGUCACAAUCACUAUGAACCUGAAGAACUCCUACUCCUGGGUCUCAUACAUCAGUGCUUUUAUGAUCGUCCUCAUCAUUGUGUCCUUUUGUGGAGGGCCUGGAGCGGGCACAGGGACGCUCAGCAGUGAGAUUUUCAUCCAGUCUGAUCGACUGUCUGCGUUUGCCAUCGUGGGGCUGCUGAGGUGGCUGGCCAUUGCGGUGAUCGGCUUCAUGUUUCCUUUUCUCAUCAAAGCUCUGGGCUCCUACAGCUUUGUGCUGUUCGCCUGCAUGUGCCUGCUGGCUUCUCUUUACACCUUCUUCAUCCUGCCGGAGACUAAAGGGAAGACCGUCUUGGAGAUCUCACAGGAGUUUAAUGCCAUCACCGUGUGCAGGAAAUCCUCCCCUGAGGAGCAAACAGUGGAGACCACACUGUGA